AACACCGCGCGCGCAUAUCCACCACCGUCGCACAUUUUGCAAAAUUUCAAGAGCAAAGGGGAGAAAAUARGGUCAAACUUGGGCUAAUUCUCUCGAUUUUAAUCAAAUUUUCUCCCCAAACACUAUAUUAUGGAGUGCUCACACGUGGAGCAGUCGGUCAAAAUAGGCCCACAGCUUAUACAUAAGAUAAGAACAGAAAAAGCAUCCCAUUGGACUUGUUCAGUCUGCCGGUCUACAAAGAGUUCUUGGAUCUGUCUCAAAUGUGGUGCCGUCAAUUGUGGAAGAUAUGUCAAUGCUCAUGCCAAGGUGCACCACGAGAAAAACUCCCAUCACUGCUUAUGUCUUGAUCAAAGUUUGGCUGCAUUUUGCUAUUCCUGUGAUGAAUUUGUGAUUAAUGAUAACAAGAGCGGAGAUAUUCAACGAAUAAGAGACAUGAUAGUGGAGCAACAACAAAAUAGUCCUAGAAAACGCAAGAUAGAAGAUGAAUGUAAACACCACACAAAGUCUAAGAGGAGCUCCAAAGAUGAUCAAGAAAAUGUUGGCAGAGUAAAGGAGCUACCAGGACUUCGAAAUCUUGGCAAUACCUGCUUCAUGAAUGCAAUAUUGCAGUCGUUGAGUAACAUUCAGCCCUUCAGCUGCUACUUCAAGGAGCUCCCAGCUUUUGAACUUAGAGCAGAAAACUCUCUUAACAAGAUGCCGUACUUCACAAGGAGUAGAAAACCAGAUGAAGGGUGCUUAGUAGAAGAGCUCCGCAAGGUACUCUGUGCGCUAUGGCAGGGUGGCGGAGUUAGUCAUUCUCCUGAAUCGUUAUUUCAUGUUGUAUGGAAAGUGGUACCAAGGUUUAGGGGCUAUCAACAACAAGACGCCCAUGAGUUCAUGCAUUACUUAUUAGAUAGAGUGCACACUGAGCUGCUACUCUCRCAGAAGGCAUGCUUUGGCAAAGAAACCAUAGUAACUGGAAUAUUUGGAGGCAUCUUACAAAGUGAAGUAACKUGUCUCACUUGUAUGACAGAGUCAAAGACACAUGACCCAUUUUUAGAUCUUUCUCUUGAAAUCCCACCUGAAUAUCAAAACAGAAAAGGAAAGUCUAGAGAAAAUCCCUGCCAGUUACAAGAGUGUAUGACCCAUUUUGCAGCUCUAGAAAACUUAACAGAAUCUGAAUUCUACAUGUGUCCUAAUUGUAAUAAGAAACAGGAAUCAACAAAGAAGUUCUGGAUAAAAAGACUACCUAAUGUUCUUUCCCUUCAACUCAAAAGAUUUCGAUUUCAGUCAUUCCUACGAACCAAGCUUGAAACAUAUGUACAGUUUCCAAUGCGAGGGUUAGAUAUGUCACCGUAUGUACUCCAGGUCAGUGUAUUAGGAAUUUUGCAGUUACUAAGUAUUUCUCUUUGGUUUGUGUACAGGGUCAGUGCUGGUCACUAUACAACCUUUGCUUGCCACGAAGGAGCCUGGUAUAACUUUAACGACAGCAACGUCACACGAACAGACGAGGAUCACGUGUCCAAGGCUAAAGGAUAUAUCUUUUUCUAUACUCGACGUCAUCCCGACAUGUCAAUCAUCGAAAAACUCCAAGUACAGAACACUAUACUAAGAUAGAUAUCUGAUACUUUAGAUAUCUUUACCUUGGGCAUAAUGUUUUCCCAUUUCAGUAUUCAGACCACGCGUCAUCCCCUUUAGUAUAUUUUUUUGUUUAACGGUUGCGUAUAAGAAGAUACAUGAAUAUGGAUAUAAGUCAAACAAAUAUUAAGAGAAUGGCACGUGGUCUGAGAUGGGAAAACAUUACACUAAAGAUAAAGAGGCGUUAAGCACGGAAUUGCAUAACUUUUCAGGCUUCUGGGACCCUGACUUCUUCGCUUGUGGAAUCGGUUUCCUGUAGUUUUCCGGGUUCCUUCAGUUAAGGGAUAAAGUCAACACGAUUUUCAUCUUAUGGGACAAGAUUUACGAGAGAGGGGAGAGGUUGUUUGUAGCCGCCGCCUCUGGAAGUGAGAUCCAAGAUUUUGUCCUCAAAUAUCUCCAAAAUUAAAAAUAAAUUCGCCGAAAUGAAUUCAUUCAACUUUAAAUGUUGGAAUCAUCGGGAGAGAGGGGUAUUAGGGAGAGAAGACAAGUGAAGGAAGGAUGGGAUGGGAUAGGACGGAAUGAGAUGGGAUGGAAGAGAGGAGAAGUGAAGAGAAAGGAAUUCGAAAAACUAAAGGCUUCCAUCUCAUUCCUUCCUUUAUCUUCCCCCAUUCUAAUUUUUCUCCAAAUCCCAAAGUUCAAAGAUCUUUGUUACCAAUCUAUAAUAGGCUUAGUAAGUUCAAUCAACUACACCCUAAAUACCCAGCGCCUCAAAGUCGUCUGUGUCGCAGAAACCUGAAAAGAGUAUAGGGAUAUCUUAUGUACAGAGUUUUUGACGGCAUAGGACCGUUUWUUUUAAGUCUUUGAUAUUAUUUUUAUUACCAAAACACCACAAAAACCACACCGUUCUGGCAGGGCCUGACUAUUGUUCGUUAUUGAAGUAUGCGUAUGUUGAAAAUUUGAAUUGAGAUUAUGGGUAGUGGGACAAUGCAAAAUCACUAAGUUUUGUCGAGCUCGCGACAGUCUUGACAAUUACAUUAUUCAUGUCUUUCCUCUCUUUUCUCAAUGAAUAACACUAACGGAAUCUUACCGUUUGUCGUACGACAAAGUAGGUUUUGGUGGAUGUCAAUCAAAGUGUUUCCAUGACAUCGUCGGGUAACCCAAAGUUUUAAAGGGCACGUGGCUAUGAGAUAUCUAUUGUUGUGACGCCAUAUUGUACGAUUCCUGGCGUGUGUUAUUGAGAAUGAGUGAGUUUAUGCGUUAUAGUAAGCAGCUCGUCUAUAACAACUAACAAUUACACGGCUCAGAAAAUUAGAAAUGAGUUUAGGCUGGUAUCCUUUGAACAACGAAAACUACUAAAAACUGAAAUGGCUUACGAUACUGGCUUACAGUAAAUACACGGUACGACAUGUAGUAACGUUAAAAUGGCUUCCCAUAAGAAUGUCUUUAGUAUGAGUGAGAAACGUACGGUACUGACUUGCAUCAUGUAUACGGUACGACAUGCCGUGACAAUGAAAUGGCUUCCCAUAACCCUACGUUAUAUAACGCUUUUUUUUCUCACUCAUACGAAAUCAGCUCUAUUGCCAUAGUUCAGUUACUAGAUUUUUUCUCAGACGAACCAGAGUGAUAAAAGCUAGACUUUUUGCCAAACCUCUUUCGUUAGGAGUGAGUUGUAGCUUUGAGAAGAGUGAAAAGAAGAGAAAUUGGCAUGCAUGUCGUGUCAUGAUAUCAAGUUCGUUACCAGCCUCCGCUCAAUUUGAUAUGGCAUCAAAGUGGCCUAGGUAAGAGAUAACAAAAAAUCCAUUGAAUUUUCCUUUCUUUAUAUAAUAACCUUUCUCAUUCACGAGAAAUACUGUUGUAGUCAACCUUUAUUGUAUAAAUAAUUUUGUACAGAAUUGAUUAAAAGAUAACAUUCCCGCUUAAGGGGGGAAACGUCCAUCCAAAA